GCAGGAAACCACGCAAUCUGGCAACACUGAUAAGGAGGCUGAGUUGAGGGCGUGGUGAAACCCUCAUUGAAUAUUUUGUAACACGCUGUCAACAGAACCACGUGAGCUCUCUGUUCAAGUUUACGUUCCAUAACCCACUGUUGGAAAAUGGUAAACUCGUGCUCCUAGCUAAUGCUGCCAGGGCGAUAUGAAAGCUGAAGCUGUCACUUGAACUGAACUUGUCAAAUUUAAUGCAAGACGAUGCACAUCGCCGAUUUCUUUGCAGGAUCUUUUGGAGGAGCUUGUGGAGUUACAGUGGGAUACCCGUUUGACACCGUCAAAGUGAGAAUCCAGACCCAGAAGCAGUUCAGUGGAAUAACACAAUGCUUUGUGAAAACCUUCGAGAAAGAGGGGAUCCAUGGCUUCUUCAAGGGGAUGUCUCUGCCGGUGACCACCAUCUCCAUGACCUCGUCUGUAGUGUUCGGCACCUACAGGAACUGCCUGCAGUGCCUGAGCCAGCUGCAUGGCCUCGGGGCUCCCAACACCAAGCUGGACAUCUUCCUGGCAGGCCUGGCCGGAGGCAUCAUGCAGGUGUCUGUCAUGUCACCCGGCGACAUAGUGAAGGUGCGCCUGCAGUGCCAGACGGAGUCCCUGCGUGGUGGUGUGGGAGACCCUAAACCGCGCUACCGCGGCCCCAUCCACUGCUUGCUGUCAAUCCUCCGUCAGGACGGCCCCCUGGGCCUGUACAAGGGGGCGUUGCCCCUGGCCAUGAGGGACGGCCCCUCCUACGCCACAUACUUCCUCACCUACCAGACGCUCUGCGAGUGGCAGACGCCCGCCGGGCAGAAGGAGCCGGAGUGGCCCGCGGUGCUGCUGGCGGGGGGUCUGGCUGGCAUGGCCGGCUGGUCGGUGGGCACCCCGAUGGACGUGAUCAAGGCGAGGAUGCAGAUGGACGGGGCGCGGCCGCGGGGGCAGCAACGCUACCGGGGCCUGGUGCACUGCGUGGCAGAGACGGUGAGGAACGAGGGCGCCGGCGUGUUCUUCCGGAGCCUGGGCAUCAACUGCCUGCGGGCCUUCCCCGUCAACAUGGUAGUGUUUGCCGUCUACGAGCUCAUGGUGCGGCUGCUGCGAAAGCAAGACGCCAUCUCACACAUGUGAUGGGAUGUCAAGCAGCAAUGUGCUGCUGCUGCACACUGUUCAGACACGUAGUACUUUAUAUACUGUAUGUAGCAUAUGUAAGUAUAUAUAUAUAACAUUGUGUGGUGUGUGUGUGUGUGUGUGUGUGUGUGUGCGCGCGUGUGUGUGAUGUUAAUUUCUGCAUCUUUUAUGGACAGUAGCUGUUGCGAUAGCCGCCUGAAAUGCGCACAAUUGAGAAACACGUUAGUGUUUCAAAUGCGAGCUUGGAAGAUUGCCUUCGUGAGACUACCUCAUCUGUAAUGUUGUGUAAAAGUGACUUUUUGUCUAAGGGGGCGAGCCUUUCUCACUGUGGUCAAUAUUUUGCGCUUUUAUAGUGCAACCCUUAAUAAGUACAGUGGCAGAAGAAGCUUACAGUAGGUAAGGAGAGACUGCAAAGAUCCACAGGACUGUCCAGGACAUUGGGAUGUUAUUUUAAUGCAUUUGCAUUUGGGGCAUUCAGGUAAACUAAGUAUUUAUUUGUUUUUGAAUGCAUUGCAUUCAUGGCAUUUAGGUAAGCAAAGUAUUUUGAGUUUUAUUUAUUUAAAUGCAUUGCAUUUGGGGAAUUCCGGGAAAUUGAGUAUUUAGCAGGGCUUGUGGGAAACGUCGUACAGUGUGUAUCUUUCUCCAAAAUGGAGGCUGACCUUGGCAGUGCAGUUAUGAUACUGGCAAAAAGCUGACGUGGACAUGAACUGCAUCCCGUCCAGAAUCCAUCCACUAUCCGCUGCUGUGCUCCAUAUACUUUAAAUAUUACAGUCCCACGAACGGGACUGCUACAGCAUGCCUUUACAAAAGCCAUAUGUAUGUAUAUCUAUAACAUGGUGAGAGGGAGACCGAGGGAGGUGUAUUGAACAUGAUGCUCUAUUUGUCUGUACAGUUUGGAGAGUGUGAGAAUGUACGGUAGCCUACGAGUAUGUGAAUGUAUUGACAGAAUGUCAGAUUUUGAUGGUAUUUAUGACAGACGUCUUUUGAGGAAACAAACAAAUCAAAACUUGUGUUGUCAUUGAAUUACAUGCUGGGAAUGCCAAGUGAAACUGACCUGUAAUGACAUGCUAGAUUAAUUUUGCCGUCCGAUUAAAAUUAGACUUAAGUACAA